CCAUAACCAUGGCAACUACACAUCUCCAUAGUUUGUCAUACUAUGUUUACAUUAUCUAUUAUUUAGUGUAAUAAAUAAAUAUAGAAAUAAAAAAUUAAUAAUUGUGCUAGUGUGAUUAAAGAUUAUCAAUUGAUAAUAUAAUUCCGGCCUUAAAAUAAAUGUUGGAACAAAACUUCUCAUGCUAUCACUAGUUAGCAAUAUAUGGUGCGUUGCCUAAACAGCCAAUAUGAUAAUAAUCACGUAUUUGGCAUUGACUAAACAGUCAGGUCACUCGUUUCAAGCAUUGUUUGGACGGCUUUUGUGUAUCCUGUUCGCCAAAUCGGCCAUCCCGUCGAGCAGAAUCGUCGGCGGCCAAUUGCUGAUAAUAUAAUAAAUUUGUUGAUAAUAGCAUAGUUUUUCGAAAAUAAAAUUCUUCUUAGACAUUGAUAUUAAACUAUUAAGAUUAACGGCCACAUUUAGGACCAUCCCGAAUUCCUGACAAUCAACCAAAUAUACCUAUAGGCAAAAUGGCUUUAUUUACUACCUAUGAGUAUACUUAUAGGUGAAUGUAUGAUAAUUGAUAAAUCGUUGAUGGCUGUUUUUGCGUUGCCUUCCAACGGUCAAAAAUUUGACCGCAUGUCAAUAUCAAAUCAGAUAAUCCGAACAGGCUAUCAUCAGUCUGGCCGUUCAGGCAACGCACCUCUAUUAUUAUUUAUUAUCUAUGGUGUAAUCUAUGAAUAACAUAGACAAUUAUUUUAUCACUUUUCGUUAUCGCCUAGGUAUAACCCAUAGUACGCACACAAUAAAACAUGAAAAAGGGAUUAUGUGAUAUAAUCAUGUGAUUGCAAAGUUCAUUUGGUUUUUAUAUUUUUCAUUAUUUUGAUACUUUAUUAUGAUUAUUAUACCAGAUUCCUAUAAGAAAACAAUUUCAAUUUAAAUAGUAGUAUGUAGUUUAAUUAUUUAUAUUUUUAAUCGCUCAGUAAUUUUCUUUUAUAAUUACUAUGCAUUUUUAAGUUUUAUAAUGUAUAAAAUAAAUGGAAGCCAUUUAGCUUUCAUUGGUGUAACUGGAGCUGGUUUAGCAAUAGUUGCAUAUGUGUUGUUUGGCCCAGCGGAUAAGUCUAAAUCUACAAAAAAACGUUAGUUGAUCAUUGAUUUGUAAUUUAAAAAAAUUAUAGAAUUAUUAAUUUACAAAUAUAAAAAAUUAUUAUAUAACAUUUUUUAUGCAAUUUACAUUUAUUUAAGAAUAUUUGUCAUAGUAGAUAUAUCUUAUUUUAAAAUUUGUAUUGUUUAUAUUACCAGUUAAAAUUAUAUAUCUAACAGAUAUUUUUACUACCUAUUAUAAAAUUAUUAUAAAAAAAAAUUAUAAAUUAAUCAAUUUAUCUAAAUAUAUUACUCAGUAAUUAUUUUAUAUUUUCCUAAACUAAAAUAUAUAACCUAGUGUAUUUUAAUUAAACAAAUAUUUUUUUUUUUUGUUAAUUUUGUAUUAUAUACUGAUUCCCUUAUAGGUGGAUUUUGUGGACUGCAAAAUUUAGGUACUACUUGUUAUUUAAAUACUUUAUUACAGUCACUUGCAUCUUGUCCUAUGUUUGUACUAUGGCUUGAACAACAAUCAAAUUCCUCAACUGUAUCUAAUACUCUGAAGAGAACACUAAAAUGUAAGUUUUUUUAUCUUUAAGUUUAGUUAUUUUAGGAUUAUUUACAUUUUUAAUAUAGAUUAUGUACAAUUUGUUUUAAAUAGUAAUUACAAUUUUUGCUAUCUAAAUAACUAAUUCAAUUUUUUUUAUGAGUACGAAAACCAACACUAAGCACUUGCAUUUGUAUAAAACAACCAAUUCAUAUCAUUGCCUUACUAUACAUUCCUUUUGUUUAUCAUAUAUUAAGUUCACAAAAGUAGUGCUCGUUUGAAUUAUUCAUUUUUUUGAAUUGUAUUAGUUCUUGUAACUUAACAGUUCACAGGUUAAAAAUAUAUUGGUACUAUUGUGUUUAUGUUUUAAUAAAGUAAUUAGUGUCGUUAGUAUCUUUAUUCUAUGAUGUUGUUCGUGAACAGUUAUUUUAACUGUUACAUUCUAACUGUGUAUCACCAUUGAGACAGUUCUAAGUAUUUAUCAUUGAACUGUAAUUAGGUACCUACCUAUUAUUGAAAACAUAAGGAUAUAAUAAUUAUUGUGAUAUGUUUACAGAUGUAUCAUAUUAUGAUAUUAUACUAUAUUAAUAUAAUACCUUGUGGACUGGUCUUAAAAAAAACGCCACAUCUGCAUUUACUAUCUCCGUCUUUCAAAUGCAUGAUAUAGCAAAUUUGCUUAAAUAGGACAAAUUUUAUGCCAUUAGUUUUAAUAUUAAAUCAAAUUGACUUAUUACCUAACUUAGAAGAUUAUAUAUGUCCUAGCGUUGAUGUUUUUUUUCCCCAUAUUUUAAUUUUUAAGGAAGAUAUAAUCAUUUUUGAUUUGUGAUAUUUCCUAUAAUCAUGUUUUGCUUGAAAAUAAAAAUAUUGAAAAAAAAAAUCAACACUAAGGCCACAUGCAAUCUUCUUACCUUUAAUUUUGGUUAUAAGUCAAUUUGCUUUAAUACUAAAACUUACAGCACACAAUUUGUCCUACAGAAUGUAAAUUUUCUAUCUCGUUUGUAUAAUGGAGACAGAAAAUGCCGGUCUGACAUCCUCUUAACCAUAGACCUCUUUAUUUAAAUGAGUACUAGUAGUGGUCAAAUAAAUAGUUUAUUACCUAACAAUCCUGUAUGAAUCAGUAAACUAUGUGAACUUUAACUUUGAUUUAUAAUGAACUUUUCACACAAAUUAACUAAACUUUCUAGAUUGUAUAUAUAUAUAGGGCAAAUUAAAAUGUAUGUUACCUAACCUAACCUGUCCCCUUAAUUAAACUUUAAAGUGGAAUAUUUCGUUUAUGGGAAAGGAAUGAAACACUAUAUACUUGUGUGGUGGCACAGCUCUGCACUUGGCAUUUGUAUUGGAUUGUUCUACUACUCUCCUGCUACCUAAACUUUAAAUUGGAAUACCUCAUCAACGAGUUGAUGGAAAAUAAAUAUUUCCAUACCAAAAUUUAUUUAAACUAACACUCCAUAUAUUCAUGGAAUUUUGAAUAUAGGUACUCAUUUGUAUUUCAAAAGUUUGUUCAAAAUUCUCCCAAAAAAGACAGUAAAAAAAAAAAAUUAACUAAUUAUUUUAGAUGUUUAUAAAUUAUAAAAUUUUGGUAUGAUACUUUUUCCUUUAUUUUGAAUAUUUACAUGAUAAAAUGGUUGUAACAUUAAUUUAGAAUCAAUAUGUAUAUUCAGUGUGGGGAAGGAAUAAAUACUAGAAUAAGUUCCUAUUUAUAAGAAACGUGAACACAAAUUAUUGUUUCUUUUUUUCUUUCUUUUGAUUUUUUGAUUUACAUUAUAUGAUUGUUCAUGUAUAUUAUCUAUAUCUUUUAAUAUUAAUAUUUCAUAGAAAUUAUCUAGUAAUGGCAUCACUGUUAUGUGUGCAUAUUUCCAAGGUAAAUUAACUAUUAGUAUUAUUUUUCAAUAUAAGAUUAUACAAAAUUAGUUUAGACUUUGCACUAAUUAAUAAAUAAAUAAGAAUGAAUUCCUUUUUAAAAUAUACUUUCCCAACACUGAAUAUACUAUAGUUAAUAGUUUUGUUUAAAAUAUGUAAAAAACCAUGUUUUAAUAUUACAAAUGUUUAUUUUUUUAAUAUUUAGUUUUAACCGGAGCUAGGUAUAAUGAUGAUGGAAUAUUCUCUCCAAUAGAAUUAGUAACUACUCUAGCAAAAUUUGGAUUUCAAUUUAAACCACACCUUCAGGCUGAUGUUCAUGAACUAUUUGUUCAUUUGUUUUCUGUGAUUGAAGAUGAAGCUUACAAAUCUAGUUGUAGUGUAUGUUUUAUUCAAAGUAUACUAUUUUGAUAAAUUAUUAUGUAAUUUUUUUUUUUUUUUAAAUAAAAUAAACAUUUAGUUGGCUGAUUGUUUGGAAACUAAUUAUGGAAAUUUAAUAGAAAAUCAAUAUAAUCAAAAUUCAAUAAUAUUUAAAAAUGACAUCAACAUUAAUAUAUGUAACCAGUUUAAAGUCGAAGGAAAUGUUUUAGAAAAGAACACAGUAUCUAAUAAAAACUGUAUUGUUUCUGGGUAAUAAAAUUAUUGUUAUACACUUUUAAUUUAUUUAUAUUUAAUGACAAGUAUUAUUUGUUUAUUUUGUUUGUAUAGAGACAUUAUAUUACGAGGUGAUAAAAAAUCAACUGAUAAAAAUCAAAACAUUAAACCGCCACCUUUCUUGGGUUAUUUGUCUAAUAAUAUAGAAUGUUCUUUAUGCAAUCACAAAGUUAGUAUAUAAAUUACUGCUACUAUGUAACUUACCAUCCACUUUUUUUUACCACUAUACCAGUUCAUUUACUUUACCAAUAUAUUUUUCAUCUAGAAGUAGCUAAGUCGACGGUUUUGUCAAUGAUAUUAAGUUAUUUCUUAAAAAUGAUGAUGAAGAGAAUUGCUGUGAUGUUUAAAUUCUCUAGGUCAUUAAGGGCAUUAUACAGUACCCUAGUUAUAUUUAUUCUUAAAUUUGGUGGUUCUCUUGUAUUGUAUAAUGUGUUCAGCAAAAAUGUCUUAAUUUUGCUUUGUUCAAGUUAAAAUUUCAUACACCCUCUUCACGAUUAUGACUCAGUGCUUCAUAAUCUGAAUUUCUUAUCUCUAAUUGACCGCCAAACUUCUCAUGAUAUUAUUUUCAUUUCUAAAACUCAUUAUUAAUAAGAUUGGUUCUAUUUUUCUUGUUCAAUUUAGAGUUCCUACUCAUGCUAUCAUCAUCAUUCUUUUCGCGAUUCUUUCUCACCCAACAGAUAACUUUAAUAAUGAGCUGAUGCGCCACUAACUUGCUGUAUAUGGCAGCCAAUCUUGACAUCUCCAACACUCAUUUAUUUUAAUUUCUACUUUUCAACUAACUGGUGUUUUAUUUUCUUUACUUAUCAUAUAAUUUUUAUUUAAAAGAUAAAUACCAAUUUUGUACAUUGAAAUUAGACUUUCACCCAUGGUAUUAAUGAAAUUAAAUUAUACUUAAUUCAGUGUUAAGUGACUUAUUUUAUAUGUAAAUUAUAUGGGUACUCUUCUUCUAGUGGUAAAUAAUUGGAUGGCACUAUUAUAAUUCUAUGAAUUAUUAAUUUAUGAUAAAUAAUAAUACUCGUUUAUUGGAAUUUUAGUCAUCAUUGAAUUAUGAAAAAUUUUAUGUUAUUUCAUUGAAUCUACCAGAACGCAGUCAGUUUAAAAUUGAAUUAACCAAUAUUUUAGAGCAGUAUAUAAAAAAUGAGAAAUUAGAAAAUCUACCAUGUAUAAACUGUGAUAAAAAUUGUACUAUAACAGAUGGAAAAUCUUACAUAAAAAGUGUCAAAUUUGGAAAAGUAAUAUUUUAACUUUAAAAUAAUAUAUUAAAUUGUAAAAAGAUUUAAUUUAAUUUUGUUUUAAUCAUUUUAGUUACCAUGCUGUUUAUGUCUUCAUUUAGUAAGAACUCAAUAUUCUAAAGAUAGACCAUUAAAAAGAAAAGAUUAUGUGGAAUUUCCAGAAUACUUACAUAUGGAUAAAUAUACCACUGUUUAUGAUCAACUAAGCAAGCUAAGACAAUCUAGAGAAAAAUCUGAACCAAUAGAAAGGUAAUUCUGGACUAAAUUUAUACAUUUUUAUUUAUUUAUAUUAAAUACUAUUUUGUAAUUAACUAUUAUUAUCUGUUAAAAAUAUUUAUAAUUUGUGUACGUCAACAUCAUUAACUAAUAUUUAUUACAAUAAAUGGUACUUUAAAAUUGUUCAGAUUUCAAGUUGACUAAAUUUUAAUUACUGGGUUAUAAUUUGGUUUUAAAUUAAAACAUAAAAAUGUUGCAUUUAUAUUUUAAAAUUUUCAAUUAUGUUCAGAUCUUAAGUUUUUUUUUCAAUUCUGGUUUGAAAUUACAAGUAUAACUGUUUUGAUGUGUGAAUUAAAUAUUCUUACUAGAUUAGAAUUUUAUUUUAUUGCAAAAAAGGUAUUCUUUUCUCAAAUUUGGUUAAAUUACGUGUAUUUUUUUUUAUAUAUAAAAUGACCUUACUAUGAAAUAUUUACAUUUACAAAUUCUCCAUAAUUUUCCUAGUUUUGUUUUAUAUUUAAAUUAAUCAUCCAUAGUUUAUUUAAUAUAAUAGUACAUAAAAAAAUCAAGAGUUGCUACAUCUAGAUUCUGGGGAGUUAAUAUUUUAGAUUGAAAAUAACUAUAAAUAGAAAAUAAUAUGGGUAAUAAAUAAUAAAUAUUGUCAAAAACUAACUCAUUAAGUUUUGAGUAUAGAUCUAUUGAUUUUUUUCUCUUAACAUUAAACAUUUUACUCCUAUUUAGUUUUUAAUAUAUACACCAUAGUGCCUAUACAGUAUCUAGAACAACGAUUCUGAACUUGGGGGCCCUUUCCCCAUAGAGGUGGGGGGGGCAUAAACAUUUGGCAGAAUGUGACCUGAGAUGUGCACUAUCACAGUUAUUGCCAACCAUUAAAAAAUCGAUUGGAACUAGAGUAUUUAUCAAGUAAAAAUUAUGUAAAAUACUAACAAAAUUAAAAUAUCUCUAAACAGCUCAAAAAUGAUUCAAAUGUUCUGAAAAUUUUAUCACUUCUAGAAAAAUCAUAUAAAAGAAUUAUAUCUAUAUUUCAAGUUCUAUGGGAAUAUUUUUAAUUAAAUUAGAUUAAAAAAAAAAAAAAAAGAUUUAUUUAGGUAAAUUUUCCCGUAUUUUUAAGUUUUGCUUAAUUAUUAAAAUAACUACAAUAAAAAUCAAAAAAUGACUUUCUUGUUUUCCAACUAAUUAAAAUAAUAAACAAAAGCGAACAAUGUUUUUCUAUUGAAGAAAUAUUUAUAAUAGAAAAUAUAAACCGUAAAAAAUUAAAAUAAUAAAAUCUUUGUGCCAUAAUUUAAAAAAAAUUAUAAAUUAUCGUCCUUUUAAAUUUUCCUAAUUAUUAUGAAUAAUACUUUAAAUAUUAAAAAUUACAUUCUUCAUCAGUUGAAAAAUAAUAAAAUUAACAAAAUCGAUCUUUUGUCGUUUUUCGAUUGAAGUUAUAUUUCUGGUAGAAAACAUUGUGUAAACAUCAUGAAAACAAUGAAAAUGGUUGUCUUCAUACCUUUAAUUUUCUUUGGGGUUUUCCAUAUUAUUCUCAAAACCUCUUGGAAAAUCAAAAAUUUACCUUUUGGAAAAGUUCUAUAGUCUAUACUUCAAAGCAAGUUUUCUGGUAGAAAAGUUGUUCACAAAGAAAAAAAAAAGAAAAAAACUAUGAUGUGUUCAUAGUAAAACCAAUCGAUCCUAACUAUGUUCCGAAUCUAUAAUGAAUAUCCUUACAACAUGUUUUAAAUUAAUUAUGUAAUCAUAAGUUAGUAAUUUUUAAGUUUAAAAAUAUUUGUCCACCUCUAUUAAAACAAUACUACUGAAAAUAAUACAUUUUGUACUAAAUUAUGAUUUAUUUAAUUUUAACUUUGUUAUUUUUUUAUUUUGAAGGUUAAGAGGAAAUAAGUAUAUAUACAGAUUAAAAGCUGUUAUUGUACAUGUUGGUGAACAUAAUGCUGGUCAUUUCAGUACUUACAGAAGAGGAAUCACAGCUGAUCAUACUAGACACAGGUGCAGUGAUACAAGGUAUUUUAUUAUUUUGCAUGCAUCCAUUUUUCAACAAUUUUUAAUUCAUAAAAUAGUUCAAUUUGGAAAAAAUUACUAAUAUUAAUAAGUUUAUUUUAAAAUAAAUUAUGAGUUAUUUAUAUAUUAUAAUAAUACAACAGUAUCACACUGUUUAAAAGAAGAUUAAACUACUUUUGCACAUACUAACUGAGUUGCUGAAUAAGUCUGAUUUUAAUAAUCAAUAGAUCACUUUAAACAUAAGACUUUCCCAUUAAUCUACUUAUGAUAUUUAUUUAAGAGGAAUGGAUAUAAUAUUUUUUAUGGACAAAAAUGACUUCACGGGAAUAAAGAUAUUUUUAUUGUUAACAUAAUAUUUUCCUAUACAUUUUUAAUUUAAUUGAUAACCUAUAUUCUACAGACAGUAUUGAACCCUGAUUUUUUAAUUUGAUUUCAAAUAACAGUAUAAAAAGUUAAAAAUUGACCUUUAUUAAAUACAUAAUAUUAUAACGCCUAAGAUAAAAAUGUUGAUCAACACCACUCUAUGAAACAUAAUAGUUUUCUUUCUUUCUUAUAUCUCACCUGUUUAUGGCCUUUUUUAAUAUAGAUUGCUAUUUGAAAAUCAAAAAUAAGGGUUACAAAAAAUUACAGAAAUUUAACAUUGUAGAUCAGCUUGUUUCUUAAAUUUUCUAGAAAACAUAUUUCGGAAAUCUUUAAUACUUUCUAAGGUAUUUAAUGGUAACUGAUUUUGAUCAUUGUAUUAUCAAUAUUAUAAUCACAUUUAAAGAGCAUCUAAAUUAAGGAAAUAUGUUUAACAAUAUUCUUUUAAAUUCAAUUAAAUAUUUAUUUUUUACUUGAUUCUAUGUUUCUAGAUGGUUUUUCACCUCUGAUACACAUAUUGAAGAAGUUACACUACAACAAGUUUUACAAUCAGUUGCCUAUAUGUUGUUUUAUGAAAAAUGUGAUACAUAAUAAAUACUAGUUUUUAGUUUUUUUAAUAGUCGGAACAAAUUGAUGUAAUUGAAAUUAAAGCUAGUAUUUUUAUUUUAUUUUUCAAUUGAAGACUGCCUUAUUAUAUCAAGACUUAAAUUACCUAGUUGAUUUUUUUGUGUACAGUAAUAUUAUUUUGUUUUGAUAUACAUGUUUAAAUAUGUACUAGAUUAUUAUUAGAAAUUAUAUAGCCAUAUCAAUGUACAUAUAACAAUCAACAAUAAUUUAUUGGUACCUACUAUCAAUCUCCAUUUUCUUAUUAUUAUUACAGAUUCAUUAGUUAGCUUAUUACUAGUGAAAUAGUCAUAACAGAAGCUAUACUUGCCUGAAUGUGAUAAAGUUUAAGCUUGAGAUAUCGGUUUAAAAUAUAUAUUUUUAAAACACAUAAUUGCCCGGGUACAAAACUUUAAAAAUGUUUACCUUUUUCCUUUCUGCUAAGGUUGCAGUAGUUUUAGUGAGCUUGACUGAAAACUCGAGUAUUAUAUAUUUUGGAUACCAGAUACGAGGUUCAAUGAAUAUCAGAAAAGUUAUGUUGGCUUAAAUAUAAAAAUCUUUUCACUGGGCACACUUGUACCCUGGACAAAUAAUUUUAAAUAUCACGGCCUCUUUAUAUCUUUAUAAUUUCAAAUCUUGAGAGGUCUACCUCUCAAGAUUUGAAAUUAUGAGCGCUCGUGCGGGCUUACUAGUCCCUUUUGAUCACCAUAUAAUAAAACUUACAAUGUAAUUAUUGAGUUUGGCUUUCUUUAAAAAGUUUUUGAUGGAUACUGGGUGUUAUAUUGUUACUCUGAGCUAUACCCAUAUUGGCACUUGUCUACGACCAAUUAUUUAUUUUUUAUGAAAAGACCCAAAUAUUCUUUUACAAAAUUCAAAAUAUAAUGUAACCAGAUUCCUUGAAUUUGAAUAUGUGUUUAAACUCAAUGGCCAGUCUGCAAUCUUUUACUACAUUAAAUUAAUUUUUUUAAUUUUUUGAGUAAAAAAAAAUUGAAUAAAAUUAAAAUUGGUGGCGUCACGAAUCACCAAUAUCAAGCUCACCAUCUAUUGAGAACCAUUGAUUUAUGGUGAUAAUUUUAAAUUAAACUAUCAGUAAAUAGCACGACUAUAUCUAUAGUCAUGAUAAAAAAGAUACAUAAUAAUUAAAAAUAUUUUGUGUGCAUCUAUUGGUAGAGUUAGGCCUAGACACGCUAUAUAUUCAGUGUUAAAUACAAUGAUGGCCUCAUUGUCAGUGAUCUCACCUGUGCUGAUAUCAAAGCAUCAUUUUUAGAUUCUGGGUGGUAGGAGGUAUGUAAUGCUUUCACAAUAAUGUUUAUUUUUAGAUAUUGAGUGUAGUGAAAAAUGUAUUGGUUUUCCAAAAUACUUUUAAAAAAAAAUAUUUUUUUUAUGUACCGUGUACAAAAAUUCUAUCAGAAAUUUUGCUCUGAAGUAUCAAAUAUAACACCUUUUAUGAAAGGGAAUUUUCCUGGGGUAGUACUUUGGGGAGAUCAUUUUUUGAUUUUCCCUGGUUUUUUCCCAAAAAGUGAGAAAAACAUAAUAAAAACGGGAAAAUAAAUACAAUAUUAAACAAAUAUUGAAGAAAAUAUAUAAUGCAUGUGUAGUUAUUUUACCAUAAUGUGACAUAUUAUACAGAAUGAUUCACUAAGCGUGCAACCUCAUUAUUUUGGUUAAAUUUUGUAUGCAUUCAAUUUAGAAUCAUUUUGAAAUUUUUAAGUGUUGUUAAUUUGGCAAGCAUCAAAAUAAUAGAUUUAAAAUUUCAAAGUAAAUGAUUUUUGGCUAAUUUAAGGUCGCUAAAUCCAAAAAUAAUGUACCCAAAAGUUAAAAGUUAUCAAUUGUAUCUUGAAAGAUACAUUGACAAGAACCAAUAUUGUUAAUAAUGUUGUUCCUUUAUUUUUAAGAAUACAUUGCCAAAAUAGAGUUGUAAUUAUCAUAUGUAUGCAUUUGGUGAAUAAAUCAAUAUUUUAAUUUUGUUCUUUUAAUUAAUUAUUUUAAAAUUUUGGUUUAACAUUUUUUUAUUUCAAUAUGUACUAAAUGAAAAUCUAUAUCUCGUUUUAUUAUUUAAAAUUAUUCAAUAAAUAAUUAUUCAUGGUUAAUUUAGAUCUCUAAAAGAACUAUUUAUUGUGUAUAUUAUAAUUCAAGUUAACUAUAAUAUAUUUUAUAAUAUAUUAUGGAAUAUCAAUGUUUAAGAGGUAAAAUAUAUCAUGUCAUAACAUAGUAAUUUUCCAAGAAAUAAAAUUUUCAAUUAUUUGUAUCUAUAAUUAUGUUUUUCUUCGUGACAUGCAAGUUGCUUAUGAAACUUUAACAUAUUAUUAGUAUUCUUUACAAGAUAGAAACACUAAUUUCAAUACUGGAUUUUAAUCAUUUCUAAAAAUAAUGUAUUUUUUGUGGACUUAGAACUCGAAACAAAGAUCAAUUGAAAAAUGCAAUACUUGAAAUAUGGAACGGUAUUGGCCCUACUGUUACAAUAAAAUUAGUUGAAUCAAUGGAAAAGCGAAUGCACGAACUAAUUAAAGCUAAAAAAGGACCAACUGACCAUUAAUUAUAAUAAAGUGAUAAUAAUUAUUAUAUUGUAUUAAGUUAAAAAUAUUUAUGUUAUGUUGUACGGAAACUUUUUAGUUGUUAUUUUUCUACAUUUAUUUAUAAAUAUACACAUAAAUAAUAAAAUAAUAUAUAUAUACCCACUAUAUAUGUGGUGGUAAUUUAAUUCAACGUAGUAGUACAGCGAUUCAUGUGCGUUUACCUGUUGGCACCUUAGUACCUAUUCCAUUGAUCAGUUUGACCGCACAUGUGAACGUAUUCGUCGU